AUGACAUUUUGGAUAGCAACAGAACAAAAAAAUAUUUAUGCUUCAGAGCCUCAAAAGAAGCCUAAAGGUGUAAAAAAUAUGAAAAAGAGAAAAACUCCGAAGAAAUUAAUAAAAAACUUUUAUCCCCGUUGUAGAGGAUGAGGGGUAGGCUAUUGGCGCAAAAUGAGAUGGGAGUAUAAUGGAUGAGACUCCUCACACUUUAUGGAUUUCGGUUCUCACUUAAGUUAUGGGGAAAAUGCUGAAAAAGAAAUUAAAAAUGCCCGAGCAAAAAUAGAAGAAAAUAAGGAUUUGGAGCAAAAACUUACAGAAAUAAAAGAGUCUAAUAAAGAAAAGAAACUUGAUAAGACCUUAACAUUUAAUGAAGAUAGUCAAUAUCCCUAUAUAAAUUUCUUUAUUGAGCAAAAUGCAAUGGACAGUUGAACGACCAAGACAGACUCUUUCAAAUGGAUGAGCUGGAUCUUAUAAAGGUAAGCGUUGAAAAGUGGCACACCAAAAAUGGUUGACAAGUGUGAAAAAAGUUGAUAAGUAGCGCGUGCAGUUUUUAAGUGGCUUUUUAUUAACUUGAUUUUAAAUUUAAGAUACUCUUUUUAGACUGGAUAUAAAUAUAAAACAUCUUCCCAAGUGAAAGGGGCAACUAAGAGGUUUUAUUAAAAGGUGCUGAAGCAGAGACCUGGAAGGAAGUUAAAAGAAGGGGCCGGAUUGGGACCAUUGCGUCAGCCAAGGAUAUACCAGGAUUUUGCCCUCCCUCCUGAGCUAUUAAAACCUGCUAUUAUAUAGCUAAAUAUGUUUCAAGCAGGCUAUAGAAGGCCAAUUCCCCAUAUUUGAUUUUGAAAGUUGAUAAGGCAAAAAAAUAUAAAAGGCGAGGGGAAUAUUUAGAUAUUUAUAAGUUUAAGCUGUCAACCAUUGAAGAUACUAUGCUGGAAAUAAUGUCAAAGAUAUAA